GGGUCAUAAAAAGUUGUUUGAUAUUGCAACAUUGACAGUAUCGGAGAGAACACAGGGGGACUCUCCAAGAAUGUCUGACUCAGCGAUCCAGCAAUUCGACAACCUCAAACCGGAACCGGACCAAGCCAAGACCAUAAAUUCGCCGUUCCUAAUCCUUUGGGGAUUUCCAGCAACUUCAAGACAACAAAUGUGGGAAUGUGGCACUCCUGCCUCCACUAUCAAGAAGAUACAUCCAUAAAUCCCCGACAACCGUACUGGUACAU